AUGUCCAAUACAUUGGAUAAAAUUUGUGUGACUGUGGUAUCUGGAGAGCUCCUACUUGGAAUUUUGGCCAAUGGCUUCAUUGGAAUGAUGAACUGUGUGGACUGGGUCAAGACAAGAAAAAUUUCCCUCCUGAAUUUUAUCCUCACUGGCUUAGCCAUCUCCAGAAUCGGUCUGUUAGGAAUCAUAGCAUCACAUUUAUUUUUCAUCUCACUCUAUCCUUCUUUAUAUACCUCGAACAGACUGAGAAUCUUUCGUGUCAUGUGGACUUUGGCUAACAAUUCCGGUGCCUGGUUCUCUGCCUGCCUCAGUAUCUUCUAUUUCUUGAAAAUCGCCAACUUCUCCCAUCCUGCCUUCCUCUGGCUGAAGUGGAGGAUUGACAGGGGAGUCCUCAGGGUGCUCCUAGGGUGCUGUUUUCUGUCCUUUCUCAUUUGCCUUACAGUAACAUUGGUGAGUGAUGACUUCCAAACUAGUUUUGAUGUAGAAAACAAAAGAAACUUGACUCAGAAGAUCCAGGAAUAUAAAACCCACAUCUUCCCCAUCCUGGUAGUCUUUGGUAUGGUGGGUAUCAUCCCCUUUGCUCUGUCCAUGAUCUCCUGUUUCCUGCUAAUCUUAUCACUAUGGAGACACACUUGGAAGAUGCAGCUCAAUGCCACAAGUUCCAGAGACCCCAGCAUGGAGGCUCACGUGAGAGUCAUGAAAUCCAUGGUCUCUUUCCUCUUCCUCUUUGUUCUGUAUUAUACAGGCAUGUUUUCAAUACUUUUGAAUAUCCCAGUGAAAAAAAGGAAAGUGUUUAUAUUGCUUACUUUGAUGGCUAUGACUAUCUACCCUGUGGCUCAUUCCAUUAUCCUCAUUGUGGGACACAACAGACUAAGGCUGGCUGCCCUGAGGGUGCUAUGGAAGCUCAGGAUAUUCUUUAAGGGCUAA